AUGUCGGAUUAUAACGAGUUAAAAGGUCAAGUAGAAUCAAUGUCCAUAUUUAUUGCGACUCAGCAAAAAGAGCUGGAUUCUUUGAAAGAAGCAGUAGGGAAGAAUGAUAUUCCUCAAGGACAGACUCCAAAGGACAAGGAUGGUCAGGACGAUAACGAGCUGGUAGAGAUUAUGAAAGAUAUUGAGGGCAGCAUUGAAUAUGGUCCCGAUCUGCUUCCACAAAUCUCUGAGGGGUUUUCAAAAACACUUUGGUCUAAUUACGUGGCCGAAAUUGCAAAUGAGGUUGCCACUCACUCAAAUGAGAUCCCUCAAGAGGUGAAGAAAAGGAUUUUGAAAUUAGCUAUUGAUGGAGGAAAUAUUUUGGGCGAUCAGCUGCAGGCGAGCAAUAUGAAACGCCGUCAGGAAGUGAAAAAAUUAAUUAAUCCAGAGUACAGUGCAAUUUGCAACAAACAGUUGCCAGUAUCGGAAUAUCUUUUUGGUGACAAUUUGAGCGAAACUUUAAAGACGUCAAAAGCAGCUUCAACUGUUAUUCGAUCGUCAAUGACAAGGACUACUCGGUUCCGUCCAUACAAUUUCUCAAGAAAUACCGGAAAUUUAAACUUCCAACGCCCGUUCCCACGAUUCCAGACCCAUCGAGGGACGCAAGGGCAGUUUCGAGGUCAAACUCGGGGACAAUUCAACCAGCGAGGAUUCAACCGAGGAAAUUAUCCACAACGACAAUUUCGACAACCAUAAAUCAAAAUAUUACAAAUGAGAAGGCAGGUAGAUUAAGAUUUUAUGUAGAAAAUUGGAAAACUAUAACUUCUGAUGAUUUUGUACUUAAGGCUAUUUCGGGCUAUAAAUUAAUAUUUAAUCACACACCUAGUCAGGCCAAAGAACCUAAUAUCCCUAAAAUGAAUGAAGUUGAAUCAGGUUAUAUUGAUUCAUGUAUUAAUGAGAUGGUUAGCAGUGGAGUUAUUCAAAUCUCUAAAGAAGA